AAAUUACAAAGUUGGCAAGUGCAGUGCGUUCACUUUUUCUGUCGGCGACGGUUUUUUUAGACUGCUUAAAUUCAUGUUAGCUGAUAAUAAUCUGCUUAAUACCAUCAGCUAGGAGUUUUCGCAGGAGUUAGUUAUGGAACACGUGUGUAGCAGACUACCUCGUUAGCGUAUUCGUAUUCUCGUAUAGCGUUUCUCGUAUUGGAGUGAAUACGGCUUUUACAAGUACGUGGGCGUGCUUCUGCGAAACAAAUCAGCGUCGUGUGUGAAAGGUGGUCGCCGACUGUAACUUGUCUCCGCUUCUGUCUGAAAUUAAAUGUUUUUCUAAACAUAACAAUGCCCGUGGAAAGUCUACCCGUGCGGGACCCGGCCUUCCAUCGUCGACUGUUACAGCAGUACCUGCUUUUGUUAAAGAAAUACCCGAUUCUCACCAAAUCGGUGACAAGUGGAAUUCUCUCCGCUUUGGGAAACCUUCUUUCGCAAGCGCUGGAAAGCAGGAAAAAGAAGGCAGAUGGGAAUUUAAAGAAGGACAUUAACAUCCUGGGGCCUGCGCGCUUUGCCGUUUACGGACUCUGCUUCACGGGCCCGUUGAGUCAUUUCUUCUACCAGCUGUUGGAGCUGCUGUUUCCUUCCACAGUGCCGUACUGCAUGGUGAAGCGGCUGCUUCUCGAUCGCCUGGUGUUCGCGCCGGCAUUCCUCCUGCUCUUCUUCUUCAUCAUGAACGUCCUGGAGGGUAGGACCAUUUCAGCCUUUCAAGGCAAAGUGAGAGCAGGUUACUGGACAGCCCUGAAGAUGAACUGGAAAGUGUGGACCCCUAUCCAAUUCAUAAACAUCAACUAUGUGCCCGUUCAGUUCCGUGUGCUGUUUGCCAACAUGGUGGCUUUGUUCUGGUACGCCUACCUUGCUUCAGUAAGGAAGUGAAACCUCCAAGACCAUCCGUCAGUGCACUGAAUUCAGCAUGUGCUGAGAGUACUUGGUGUCUGGGUCCUGUAUUUAACAUAGGCCUGAUUGUACUAAUAUACAUGCUGGAAAUUCACGCCGUGGUUAAACCAUGGUUGAACAAUGGUUCGCUAAUUCCAAUGAGUGCUGAUUCCAGUGGAAUAAUAUGUUGUUUCAAAUAGAGGGAUCUGCAAAUGAACUGAGAGCCAUAUUGACUGAUUGUCAUGUAUGUGAUAAUUGAAAAGAAUGCCCUGGAUUCGCUUACUGCACCACUAGCAAAGUCACAUGUUUAAAGUGUCAAUCCGUAGUGUUGUUAUAUAUAAAAAAAAUAACAUGUGGUACCUUCUCAUGAUGGCAUUUGUGUAGCAAUAUUGAUCCAAUGCGUUUGCUUUCUUAAAUUGCUCAUCUAUAUGCUGUUUUACACUUGUGGCGUCUGGUGCAACGUUCCCUCCACGUAUUGAAAUUUGAUGCUGCUGAGGCACUUAAAAUUAUUAAAACAUGUUUAAAAUUUG